UGUGGCCGGUGUGUGCGUGCGCGUGUGCAGUGCGGCCCUCGUCCUCACCUGGGGCAUCUCCAGCAUGGAAUUCCCGGAGGCCAGGACCGCGGUCCUACAGCUGCUGCGGACGACGGCCCCGGCCGACCUUCCGGCGCUGCUCCAGUGGAUGCGAACUACCAGAGACUUUGAUGAUUUUACUCAAGAUAAUAAUGAUAUUAUGUUGAAAAGCAUAGCAGAAGAUCUUCGAAAUUGCUUACCUCUAGAAACCAUGCUUUCUUCAGAACAUCUAGCACUACAAAAAAUACAACAGCAGCCAGAACCCACAGUUCACGUUGACGCAUUCCUUUAUGACGAGGACUUUAUUGAUUCAUUAUGUGAGGAAGGAAAAAUGAGCAGAAACUACUGUAAGAUGUGUGGUUCCCACCAGACAGCUCCUUUAGGAUUUAUUUCUCAUUCCUUCUCUCUCGUGGAAUUGAAGUUCAUUUAUCAUCAUGUACUCCCAGAUCUGUCAGGAAAGGUCUUGGUUGACGUUGGCUCCAGACUUGGCACAGUACUUUAUGGGGGUUAUUUUUACAGUUCAGCAUUGCAACUAUAUGGAGUAGAAUUGAAUGGAGAGUUUUGCCAUUUGCAGGAAAUGAUCAUAAAAAAAUACCAGUUUGCUGACAGAAUAAAGGUGAUUCAUGCAGACAUCUGUACCCAGAGUUUACUUCUGCAAAAUGCAGAUGUUAUUAUAAUGAAUAAUGUCUUUGAAUAUUUUCUUGAUGAAGCAGAACAGGCCAGAGCCUGGGAAAACAUCAGCCAAAAUGUAAGGAAGAAAGGAUCGCUGUUAGUGACAGUACCAAGCCUUCAAGAUUCUCUGUCAGCUUAUCAGAUUAAUAUACCAUUGUCAUCCUGGGUUGAAGAGGUGCCUCUGAACUAUGAUGUAUUCCCCGACAAGGAUAUUGACAGAGAAGCUCUUGAACAAAUACAUUUAUAUAAGAUUCUAUAGAAUGAAAAUUAUCCUACCUCAGUGUGAUUGUUUUGAGUGUGUUACAAAUAACAAAAAAGAAACAUAAUCCUAAUACCUUAAUGUAUUUUUUCUGUAUAUUCCUAUACAGUUUUUGUAAAAUGCUCACAUUUUGUAGUUAUAUGUUAUGCAUAUAUAGAAUUUUGUUUGCUUUGUGUGACAAUUUAAUUAAAAUCUUUAUCUGAGAA